AUGCCGGGCUUACACCGAGCGGGCACGGACCUGCACACCGAGCGGGCACGGACCCGCACACACCGAGCGGGCACGGACCCGCACACCUCCGCAGCGCGCUCACAGCCCUGCGCUGCAGAACGCCCCGCACAGUACGUCCACCUUCUCCAUCCCUCUCUGGCCGACGUACGCACCCAGCCCCAGCCACCAAACACAGCUCAGUUCCCCAAGGUGCGAAACAAACCGGUUUCCGCCGCAGAGCAAGGUGAGCUGUCCCGAGUCAUCAGUAAUUCUGCACACCACCUGCCCACGAUGGAUGUGCUCUCAGACCGCAGCUCGCUCUCUCCCGGAGCUGCAGUACAUCUCUCCAGCGUGAAGCUACGCGUUACUCGCACCUUGGUGGUGCAGAUCCACCUGCCUGUGCACCACCGGCCGAGGAACACCUCGUCCUGCCCCAAGGAGCCAACGACCCCACUCGAGGAAGCAGCAGUGGAGCCCAGCGAGAGCCGAGAGGUCCAUCGGCUGAGGUCCGUGGAUAAUCUGUUUGUUGUUGUCCAGGAGUUCAAAGACUAUCAAUUUAAAGAGAACAAGGAAGAUGCUCUAAAGGAUUUGGAAGAUUUGGUUAAAAACCUGCCUUGGACCGAUCCGUUGAAAGUUUGGGAGCUAAACAACAGCUUAAAAAAGAAAAAGACAAAACGCAAAAAGCCUAAUCUGCAGAGUACUGCAAGCAAAGAAAAGUUGAAUGAGGAUGGAGAAGAGGAAGGAGAAGAUCAAAAGGAUGCUAGUAAAGAGGAGGACUGCGCCCAAAACGCUGCAGGGGCAGAACCCGCUGGCAGCCAGGGUUCCGAAAAGACAGAAGGAGUGGCAUCCCGAAGCGGGGGGGAGGAGGAGGAGGAGGAGGAUAAUGAACAAUUAGAUGCUAAAGAGGAAUUGCAGGCGGGUUCCGGGCGUGAGACCAAGGCUGGCGACGGUAAGACCAGUGAAGGAGAGGCAAAGGUGUUGAAGUUCCGCGUUACGUGCAAUAGAGCAGGAGACAAGCACAGUUUCACCUCAAACGAAGCUGCAAGGGACUUCGGCGGAGCUGUGCAGGAGCACUUCCAGUGGAAGGCUGACAUGACUAACUUUGACGUGGAGGUUCUUCUGAAUAUUCACAAUAAUGAAGUAGUUGUGGGCAUUGCAUUAACUGAAGAGAGCCUUCACAGAAGAAAUAUUACCCAUUUUGGACCCACAACUCUUCGUUCAACUCUUGCUUACGGCAUGCUUAGACUCUGCGAUCCACAGCCGACAGAUAUCAUAGUUGAUCCCAUGUGUGGUACAGGUGCAAUACCAAUCGAGGGAGCCACAGAAUGGCCUAGCUGCUACCAUAUUGCUGGUGAUAACAACCCACAAGCUGUGAAGAGAGCAGCAAACAACAUCUGUUCUUUACUAAAGAAAAAUGAGAGUAAGGAAAGCAGUUCUUCCCUGGGCAUACCCUUAGACAUCAUUCAGUGGGAUAUUUGCAAUCUCCCUUUGCGGACUGGUUCUGUGGAUAUUAUCGUGACCGACAUGCCGUUUGGAAAGAGGAUCGGGUCAAAGAAGAAGAACUGGGAUCUCUACCCAGCCUGCCUGACAGAGAUGGGCCGGAUCUGCACGCCGGGGACGGGCAGGGCUGUGCUGCUGACACAGGACAAGAAGUGCUUUGCCAAGGCCUUGUCACGAAUGGGACACAUCUGGCGCAAAGCUCAGACCGUGUGGGUGAACGUCGGCGGACUUCAUGCUGCGGUGUAUCUUCUGAAACGCACCUGGGAAAGAGCGGAAGAAAAAAGAUCUUUCUGGUAACCUGCGUGGAGGAAGACAGGAGACACC